AUGCAGUUCACUUCCGUUAUCGCUACCGCCAUUCUUGGCUACUCUACUGCCUUGGCUUCUCCCUUCGAUUGGAACGAUACCGACACCACUACUGGCACCUUGACUGUCACCAAUGCUAAGAUUGACAUCAGCGCCGACAACAAGGUGACAUCGGUCACCUUCAAGCUAACUGAUGGCGACAAGCAUGUGAGCUGCUCGGCUCAGAACCCCAAGCUCACCUACCUGUCCACUGCCGCCACUGCUUGCAGCGACAGCAAGUACCUGUUCAACCUUAUUGAUUCCGGUCUCUCGAGCUUUGAAGUCGCUAUCAUGUACUCGUACGGCGAUCUGGGCUCUGGCGAGUACUCGCCUGGACAAUGGGGUGUCGGUGACCUCCCCCUCACCUGCAAGAGCAGCGGCAGCGGCCGUGUCUGCACCUCUUCUGCCCCGAGCACCGUGUUCAUCUCGGAACAGUAA